UCGCGUGAUAACCUACCCCUGGUUUUCGGGAAUUUUCCUACCCAAUUAUAAACUGAUCGACGGGGUAUGUUCCUACAAACACUGGUAGUAAAUAGGACGAGCCUGAGUGGGGGGAGUUCAGGAUCUGAAAAGACUCUGAAAAGAUUUUUUGGGAUAUUCAACCAUAGAUGCACAACGAUUGAUUCCGCAUUGCGGAAAUCCAUUCCAGCAUACCUGUGUUUUGCACACCUGUAAUACCACUUCACUCCACCGGGGGGCAUCAUUGAAUUCUUCAUUAAUUAAUCCGAUUUAUAGUAAAGGGGCGUUACCUUGAUUUCUGCGGUGGUGCUGCUUUUGGUAAAAUAGAGGUGCAUUUAUUCUGAUCAUUGGUGCCUCCACAAGGCUACUUCGACACAGUUAUUACAAAACUCUGAAGCAGCAAGAUGGACAUUAGCUUCAAAUGAACCGCAACACCAAAGCAGUUCUGUUUUGUAGUUUGACUUUUAAAGGUAGGCAUACAUUUAUUCCAUUAUACCUAUUUCUCAUUUGCAUAUUGACACAUUUCCAGCCUGUAAUGGAAGAACAUUGUGUAUUACUGGCUAUGCCUAUUUAUUUGGAUUAAUUGGGUUAUUUUGAUCAUUCCACUAGUCUGAAAUAUAGGUUUACUGCAUAAAUUAAAAGACGAUUUCAAUUUGAAAUCCUGAUUGGCAUGCACUUAUAACCUUCCCACCCAGGCACCAACUUGUCAGAGAAUCAAUCUUCUCCUUUGAAAAUACACCAGAGACUUCAAAAGGAGGGUGACGGACAGCUCUUAUCAGUACCAGAGGAGCGAGGCGUCAAGGGCGGAACUGCCGCUGUGAGCCAAAGAGCCCUACUCUCCUCUCUCUCCCUCUCUCUCUCCCUCCCUCGCCAACCCAUCUCUCAUCAGGAGGAAAAGGCCAGUCAGUGUGAGGGGGACUGUGUCACAGAGGGGGCUGACAUCCACACAAAGACCCCUCUCCCCAAGAGAAGGGCUAACUGAAGCACAACUCUUCACUGUGAGGAUCGCUGUUUCCGUGACGAGGGAGGUUCUCUGAAGGUUUUCUGGAGGUUGUGUGACCAUUGAGUUGAGGUUUUUGUCUGGAGGUCAGCGAGUGAGUGGUACCUGCAGCCAUGUCUCCGUUCCUGCGUAUCGGCUUCUCCAGCUUCGAGAUGGACCCAGGUCUGGCCUACCAUGAAGAGAUGAUCAACCCGUAUUGUGCUGUCUACAUGAAGGAGGCUAUAGACACAGAGAAGGGCCAGGUGUACAAGCAGAAGAAGCCCACCAUGUACCCCCCCUGGAGCAGCACGUUUGACGCCCAUGUCCACCGGGGGCGUGUCAUGCACGUGGUGGUGAAGGAUAAAGCCGAGCUAAAGUCUGAAGCCAUCGUGCAGCUGGACACCCUGGCCUCACGCUGCAAAAAGGAGAACGGCAAGCUGGAGAUCUGGGUGGAGCUGAAGCCACAGGGUCGUCUACUCAUGGAGGCCAGAUACUACUUGGAGAAGAGUGACGCCACAGGUUCAGGUGAGGGAGAUGGAUUUGGAGAGAGAGACAGGGAUCCAGGAGUCUUUGCCCUCCACGCACGACGCGGAGCCAUCAAACAGGCCAAGAUCCAUGAGGUCAAAUGUCACGAGUUCAGCGCCACUUUCUUCCCCCAGCCCACCUUCUGCUCCGUCUGUAAAGAGUUUGUCUGGGGUCUGAAUAAGCAGGGUUAUCAGUGUCGACAGUGCAACGCAGCCAUCCACAAGAAAUGCAUUGACAAAAUCAUCGCCAAGUGCACUGGGUCGGCCAUCAACAGCAAAGAGACCAUGAUCCACAAGGAGCGCUUUAAGAUCGACAUGCCCCACAGGUUUAAGGUGUACAACUACAAGAGCCCCACGUUCUGUGAACACUGUGGCACGCUGCUGUGGGGGCUGGCCAAGCAGGGACUCAAGUGUGAGGAGUGCGGUAUGAACGUUCAUCACAAGUGCCAGAAAAAGGUGGCCAACCUGUGUGGAGUCAACCAGAAACUGAUGGCUGAAGCCCUGGCCACGAUCGAGACUAAACAGCAGGCCAGGGGCUCCAGAGAGAGUGAGAUCUAUAGUCGAGGCGGGCCGGGGGGUGUGGGCCAGGCAGGGGUGGUGCGGGAACCUUCAGGUUUAGUAGCAGGUCUCCCCCCGACCGCAGCCACCGCUGGGCGAAAAGAGCAGCAGGGGAUAUCGUGGGACACCCCAGCGGAAGGGGACAUGCCUGCCCCUGUGAUGGAGGAGCCUGAGACGCUGUACGCCGUCCCCAGAAAAGAACACCUUCACAAGUUCACCCUGGACAACUUCAUCCUACACAAGAUGCUUGGCAAAGGCAGCUUCGGCAAGGUGUUCUUGGCCGAGCUGAAGAGCACCAGAGAGUUCUUUGCGGUGAAGGCUCUGAAGAAGGACGUGGUUCUGCUGGAUGAUGAUGUGGAGUGUACCAUGGUGGAGAGGAGAGUCCUCUCCCUGGCCUGGGAACAUCCCUUCCUCACACACCUCCACUGCACCUUCCAGACCACGGAGAACCUGUUCUUUGUGAUGGAGUAUCUGAACGGAGGUGACCUCAUGUUCCACAUCCAGAACUGUCACAAGUUUGACGUGCAGAGAUCUACGUUCUAUGCUGCUGAGAUUAUCUGUGGGCUCCAGUUCCUCCACUCCAAAGGCAUUGUCUAUAGGGAUCUGAAGCUGGACAACGUGUUGCUAGACUCUGAAGGCCAUAUAAAGAUAGCAGACUUUGGGAUGUGUAAGGAGAACAUGGAGGGAGAAACGCGGACCUGCACCUUCUGUGGAACACCAGAUUACAUCGCCCCAGAGAUUCUGCUGGGGCAGAAGUACGGCAGCUCAGUGGACUGGUGGUCGUUCGGGGUCUUGCUGUACGAGAUGCUGAUUGGACAGUCUCCAUUCCAUGGUCGCGAUGAGGAGGAACUGUUCCAGUCCAUCAGGACAGAUGACCCCUGUUACCCCCAAUGGCUGGCCAAGGACGCACGAGACAUCCUCAUCAAGCUGUUUGUGAGGGAGCCGGAGAGGAGGCUGGGUGUGAAGGGGAACAUCCGUCAACACUCCUUCUUCAAAGACACAGACUGGAGCGCUCUGGAGAAACGAGAGGUGGCGCCGCCCUUCAGGCCAUCUGUGAAAUCCCCCAGUGACGUCAGUAACUUUGACAAGGAGUUUAUCAAUGAGAAACCCAUGUUGUCGUGUGCAGAUCGUACCCUCAUGAACAGUGUGGACCAAACCAUGUUUAGCAACUUCUCCUUCGUCAACCCAGCUGUGGGCCACAUCAAAGGCCCCUGACCUGUGAUAACCUUACAACAACCUACCAGAAACAUAUUCACAAUCCAUCAACAACCCACUGUACCAGCAACAUAUUCACAACCCAUCUAUUACCUUCGGACAACCCAUUCACAACGCAUCAAUUACUCAUUACGACAACACAUCGCGGACAGGAGUCAAGGACACUUACCUAACAGAUCAAUAACAUAUCCACAACCAGUCAAUAACACCUCAGCUCUUUUAUACAGCCACGGUGUACAGCAGUGGAGGCUGCUGAGGGGAGGACGGCUCAUAAUAAUGGCCAGAACAGAGCAAAUGGAAUGGUAUCAAACACAUGGAAACCAUGUGUUUGAUGUAUUUGAUACCAUUCCACUGAUUCCACUCCAGUCAUUACCACGAGCCCAUCCUCCCCAAUUAAGGUGCCACCAACCUCCUGUGGUGUACAGACUACUUUAGGAGUCACUACCCGAUUGCCCAGAUUGUGUGGAAUACUGAGAAUGUUGUAUUGUACUCAUAACCUGUUAUUCAAUAGUGUCUGUUUUAUCCCUGCACAUAAGUGUCUGUUCAAUCUACUUUAACCAUUUACUGAGACAUUUUCUAUUUAAUUCUGAGUGUACAGUGCCUUGCGAAAGUAUUCGGCCCCCUUGAACUUUGCGACCUUUUGCCACAUUUCAG